AUGACGCAGUGGCUGUGUGCCCACCUACUGAUGACUCUGGAUGCCUUUGUGUCGUGCGAAGCCUUCGAAGCUUGUGCGCCCCUGUCUUGCAAUGUCUUCCAUGGUGAUGAUCCGGAAGACAUGACAUUCGUCCCUUUCGCCGAUGAUCCCGCAUUCAAUGUGCAGGAUCACCUUGAAGAAUACAAAACUUUCUCUUGGCAAUCUGCGCAUGAAGAUUCUGAUCUGAAUACUAUCUUGAUGGAAACAGCCAGGCGUUUGUGGGACAAAUAUGGUGUCACUAUAGAACAUGUGGACGAAACAGGAGUGCUGCCCAGGCCUUUGAAGACCUAUCUCGGGGUUUCAGGCGCUAUUUCUGCAAGCUUACAGAGGGAUUCACUGAACUGGCCGGGAUCUUCUCACAGUUCUGUGAGCACGCUGCCGGACAUCUUGCCAUCGCAAAGGGAUGACCUGCGGGCCCGUCUGCAAGACCAUCUUAACUUGUUUUGCCCAAAUCUCAACUGCAUACAGGCGUCUUGUUUUACUCACAAUGCCGACCCGGUCAAGUUGGAUCUGCAAAGUGGACAGUUCAGACAUGUUCCUUCUCGCCCAAGGGGGAGACCACGAAAACAGACCCACGAAUCAUGUGGCUCUAAUUGCGAGAGCACACAUGCGAGCGUGACUGCUGUCGCCGCUAUGCGGAAUGUCGUAGGAGUCGCGCCGCUGGAGGAUCAGCGAAAUGGGAAGGCGAGGAUGUCUGCGCUCCAACUCAAAUUCGUAGCGAUCCUUGCGUACACGAGGGUCCAUGCACCGAGGAGACACGAUGCGCUUGCUUCCUCAACAAAGCACAUUGUACAAGGAACUGCCGCUGCGACAAGCGUUGUCAAAGGCGCUGGAAGGGGUGUACCUGCAACAAGAAAGGCUGUCUCCCAAGUUACUGUCCUUGUCGCAGUUCGAACAGGGAGUGCGACCCUGAGCUGUGCGCGUCGUGCACCCGAAGAAUAUGUUGGCGAGCUCAUAUAUGAGCCCACGUUCGACUCGCGCGGCCAGCUUUCAGAACAUCGCGGGCGUAGCUAUGUUUACGGCCUGAAUGGUUCGCUGAAUAUCGAUAGCACGUACGCGGGAAACGAGGCGCGAUUCAUCAACCACGCUCCUGCAAACACGGCCAAUUGUCAAGUGGGCAUUUUCCUGGUGAAUGGCGAUCAUCGUAUAGGGAUCUAUGCAAAAAGGACCCUCGUAACAGGGACUGAACUGUUUCUCGAUUAUGGGCCUGAGUUCCCCAUCAAGUAA